GCCGCCUCACACAGAUAAAAGUGACAUGCUGGGGGGUGUUUCUGAGUAAAAACCUGAAGAGCAGAGGGUAAACCAGACAUGAUUUCAAAUCAUGACAACGACACAGAUGGAAAACCAUUUCACCGUUACACAGGAAACAAAGGAUCUGUGUGCACAGUCAGAGUUGGGUCCAGAAGUCUUCCACUGUAUCCGCUGGUUAUCGUGUGCUUGGGACUGCUAAACGCUGUUCUGGUGUUAACCGCUAUUGUUAUUGGGAUUUACUGUGGCAACGUCAGUGAAGUACCUGCACCCCACCAAAUAACAGCACAAGCACUCAUCAUAGAGGUGAAGCAAUUUCAGACAAUGAACAGUGAAGCAAUCAAAGCUCAAGAAGAGGCCAAACAAGCAUUAGAGAAAGAACUCAUGGGCCAUCAGCAACUGAAGCUGCACUUAGAGCAGAACAAGACCGUCAGUGACAGCUUUCAGAGGCAGCUUGAGGCACUACAACUGGAGAGAGCAAUGCUGAAGUCCAUUACAUCUGAUAUACAAGAAAGUUGUGGACGAUGUCUGCCAGGAUGGUUUUUACUCAACACUUCGUGCUACUUCCAUUCUAAAUCAGCAAACAAUCCCAUGAAGAGCUGGGCGGACUGCAGGGCGGACUGCAUCAGCCGUGGCGCUAGGCUUGCUGUGAUUGACACCUUGGAGGAGCAGCUAAAUCUUUUUGAGUACCUACCAAAACUGGAUCCAAACAUUCGGCCGUGGUGGAGCAGGCCAGGGGGAGUCUGGAUUGGCCUUACGGAUAGUCAGACAGAGGGCCGUUGGGUGUGGAUAAAUAAUGUGGCUCUGCAGGAUGGAGGGUACUGGAUACAAGGGGAGCCCAACAACUAUGGAGUAGUGGGUGAAGACUGUGCAGCAUUAAUGAACAUGAAGAACCCCAGGGCAACAUGGUUUGAUGCAAACUGCGUGGAGGAGAAGGAAUGGUUAUGUGAAAUGGAACCCAACUAGCUGUAGAGAGCAUGUCGUCCAUAUGCAGGCUGACUUUUAGUCUCCUCAAAGAAGUUGCCUCCAUUCAAGCUCGGAGCCACAUGAGAAGAGAAGCACUUCUUUUCCAUUCGAGGAUUUAUUACCAACCAUGCUCUGCAGGAGGCUUCAGCUACAUGCUCCAACAGUGCUGCUCGUGGAAAGCCUUCUUUUAGAUCUGCUCCGUCUUCAUGGAAUCGCUCACCACAGAUCCUGCAGCUCAACACACCCUGGAAGAGUUUAUAGACCUCAUUAAGGCUGUUGUUAAUCUCACAGCAGUUGUACGUGCUUUAGCAGUGAUGCUCUUGAAUAACACAAUAAUGCUUUUGAUCGAUAUUUCAUUCAUUAAUUCUUCAGUACAAUAGAUGUUUUUAUUCUUACCAAUGAUGAUUUUCUUUUAAAACGUGCCUUCUUCUGUUGCUGCUUACUCCUACUUGGUUUACAGUUGUUUUACUGCAGCAGACUGAAAUAUCUCAACAACUAUUGGAUAGAUGUCAUGAGAUUCUGUACAGUGAUGAUCCCCAGAGCAUCCUCAUGACUUCGGUGACUUUUCCCCUUGUGCCACCGUCAAGUCAAAGCUUUCAUUUGCGCAAUACCUGCAAAACUAGUGGCACUCUCUGCUGUCAUGGUAAACGUUAUACCAAUGCUACCAUUGUCAUUGUG